UACCAAAUGACUACAAUUCCCUGAACCUUGGGUUUUACGUCAUAACCAGCUGAUGACAGAUUGAAAAGUGUUCGCAGUUAAUACACAAUAUUAGUGGUAACAUGCCUGAAAGGCAGUAUAAUACGGCUGAAGGAGCUAAAACAUUCAAACAGAGAAAGAGUUUUUCCAUUCGUAAAGAAGAAGUUAUUGGUAUAAGAUCAAAGUUUCCAACAAAAGUUCCUGUUAUUGUUGAAAGAUAUCAUAAAGAGCAGCAGCUACCAUUAUUAGAUAAAACAAAGUUCUUAGUACCACAAGAGCUAACCAUGUCACAGUUUGCAUCUAUAAUAAGAAAUAGAAUGUCACUGAAUGCCAAUCAAGCAUUUUAUCUGAUUAUCAACAACAAGAGUAUUUCCAGCAUGUCAAUGACUUUGGCAGAAGUAUACAGAGAUGAUAGAGAUGAAGAUGGAUUUUUAUAUAUGACUUAUGCUUCACAAGAAAUGUUUGGAUAUUGUUGAAAAGAUGAAAUUAAUGUAUUUUUCAAUGAAAUGUCUGAUAAAAAGGUGGCAUGAACCUUGAACUAUUCUAUUUUGAUCUGAAAUUUAAUAUACUGUGAAUAUUUCUCAUCAUGAAAUGAUAAUACUUCAUGUUAAUUGUCAUGGAUUUAUUGUGUUAAUGUUUAUCAUUAUGUU